UACGCCUGACGUCAGUACGUCAUCCCGCUGUCCCCGCCCCUGUCCUUGGUGGUGAUCGUCCACGCUUUACUUAGCAGCACUUAUCCGAACUCCUACCCAGAAAUGGCCCUCCUAAAGAGCAACAAGGUGAUCUUUGGCCUGGGGAACCUCUCCCCGGCGCUGGGGUCUCUGUCCACCCGGAACAGCUCCUGGUGGGGGGGUGUUCAGAUGGGCCCCCCCGACCCCAUCCUGGGGGUGAGCGAGGCCUUCAAGAAGGACUCCAACCCCAAGAAGAUGAACCUGGGAGUGGGAGCCUACCGCGACGACCAGGGCAAGCCCUUUGUGCUCAGCUGUGUCCGCAAGGCCGAGGCUCUGAUCUCCGCCAAGCAGAUGGACAAGGAGUAUCUGGGCAUCACCGGGCUGGCCGACUUCAACAAGUCCUGCGCCAAGCUGGCCCUGGGGGCGGACAGCGAGGUUCUGAAGAGCGGACGGAACAUCACGGUUCAGACCAUCUCUGGAACCGGAUCUCUGCGCAUCGGAGCCAACUUCCUGUCUCGUUUCCACGGCGGCCCCCGUGACGUGUACCUGCCCAAGCCCUCCUGGGGAAACCACACCCCCAUCUUCAAGGACGCCGGCAUGACGCUGAAGGCCUACCGCUACUACGACCCGGCCACCUGCGGCUUCGACCACAGCGGGGCGCUGGAGGAUAUCUCCAAAAUCCCGGAGCAGAGCGUGAUCAUGUUGCACGCCUGCGCCCACAACCCCACCGGUGUGGACCCCCGCCCCGAGCAGUGGAAGGAGAUCUCCGACCUGGUGAAGAAAAGGAACCUGCUGGUGUUCUUCGACAUGGCCUAUCAGGGCUUUGCCAGCGGCGACAUCGACAAAGACGCCUGGGCAGUGCGCUACUUCAUCGAGCAGGGACACAACAUCGUUCUGUCCCAGUCCUUCGCCAAGAACAUGGGUCUCUACGGCGAGCGCGUUGGGGGCUUCACGGUGGUCUGCAACGACGCUGAGGAGGCUAAGCGGGUCGAGUCCCAGCUGAAGAUCCUCAUCCGGCCCAUCUACUCCAACCCCCCCAUGAACGGAGCGCGCAUCGCCUCCACCAUCCUCAACACGCCCGAGCUCUACUCUGUGUGGCUGGGGGAGGUCCAUGGCAUGGCAAACCGCAUCAUCAAGAUGAGGGAGCAGCUGGAGGCGGGACUGAAGAAGGAGGGCUCCACGCGCGACUGGCAGCACGUCAUCGACCAGAUCGGCAUGUUCUGCUUCACCGGCCUCAAGCCUGAGCAGGUUGAGCGUCUCACCAAGGAGUUCUCCGUGUACAUGACCAAGGACGGCCGCAUCUCCAUGGCCGGCGUGACAUCCGGGAACGUGGGCUACCUGGCGGCCGGCAUCCACGCAGUCACCAAGUAGCCGCGGCGACGCAGAGAUGAAUAUAUAUAUAUAUAUAUAUAGGAGACGUUGAUAGAGGCAGACUAAAUGUGUCCUAUUCUCACCCUGCUCCCCUCAUUCCAUGUUUAGAGCAACAAAAAAAGAGUUUGUUUAGAGUAUCUGAUUCAGUUUUAUCUUCUAGAAGUUUUGCAGUGGGCCGCCCGUCUGAGCUUAUCGAGUCGUUAACGGUUUGAUAGUCUGGAGUGGCCUCUCAGUUCUCUCUGAACAGGAGACGUGAUGUGACCCAACAACACACUAAUCACAGUCUGCUGACUGAGGGGCUGGUGUCUCUUGACUGUGUGUCUGCUUUUUCAUGAUGUACUGUUGGCCCGAUCCAGCACCUCCUCAGAACGCACCCUGAUGACACGCCACACACUGUGCUAAUGCUGGGCCAUUAAAGAACAUUACACAAAGUGGAAAUGCGUUUCAAACUACAGCCACUCUGUCGAUCAUGGAGCACUUAAUGGAAGAUAAGGUUUUGGUUUAGUUUAGGAUGCAUACCAUUAGUAUGCAUCCUAAUCAUUCAUACUAAUCUAUGGCUCUUUAUCUAAACUAAUCAACCUUUCAGUCAGUGAUGAGUGUUUAUUCUGUCCUUUCGACACGUCUAUUGAAAUGAGUAACAGUAAAUUACAUUCUUAAAAGGUUAUUUUGAGUUGCUAACAAGACAUCAGCUUCUCAGUCACUCGACUUAAGUACCCAAAUUAGACAGUUACUAUGAUUUUCUGUGAGAGAUCCAGAGGUCUGCUGAUUCUGCUUGACCGUGCAUUAUGGACACAUUGACCUUUUUUCAUACAUCUAAACAAAGCACAACUCAAAUCUCCUUAAAGAUUUCCUCCAAAGGGAGAGAACGGCUGAUUAACAGAGCCUUCUGAGAUCAACAGACAGAAGCGAUACGCAGGAGUCAGGGAGAGAGAUCAGCUCCCGGGACGACAAUGUAGUUAGCAAAGAACCGGUCAUUCAUCUUAUUCUGAACAAAUAAAUUCAUCAAUAAAUUCAACGAAUAAAUUCAUUACCAAAAUAAAA